ACGUUACAACGUUGUGACGCGACGACGUCACCUUGUAACGAACCUAAUCUAUUCAAUUCCAAUAUCUAACUGUUAGUUUCGCGGCGGCAGGCGGCGCGCAUGAGGCUUGUUAGGGUUGCGUGAGAGCGGGGAUCAUGCUCUGAAGCUCUGAAGCUCGGAUCCCUGGAUCUAACCAUUUACGCUACGUCGUUCGUUUUCUCCGCCCCAGUCUCGUAGAACAAGCCGAACAUCAGCCGUCGAUCAGGAUGAUCGACGGCGCAGCGCUACUCCCCGCGCAGGUGUUGCGCAACCUCUCCGACAAGCUCUACGACAAGCGCAAGGCGGCCGCGCUCGAGAUUGAGACGGCAGUGAAGGCGGCUGUAGCAGAGGGGUACGAUGAUAGAAUCAACGCCAUCAUUGCGCUGCUGGCCAAUGAUUACGCCACGUCAGCACAGCCCAACCAGAGAAAGGGCGGGCUCAUUGGUCUGGCUGCUGUGACUGUGGGGCUCGGGCCCGACGCCAGCCAGUAUCUAGAUCGCAUAGUCCCUGAGGUGCUCAAGUCCUUCUCGGACUCGGACAGUCGGGUGCGCUACUAUGCGUGCGAGGCACUCUACAACAUUGCUAAGGUGACACGUGGCGACUUCAUAGUGUUCUUCAACGACGUCUUCAACGCCCUCUGCAAGCUCUCUGCUGACCUGGACCCCAACGUGCAGUCCGCCGCCCACUUGCUCGACAGGCUCGUCAAGGACAUUGUGACAGUCAGCGAUCAGUUCAGCAUAGAGGAGUUCAUCCCUCUGUUGCGGGCGCACAUGAGUGUGCUCAACCCCUUCGUGCAGCAGUUCCUGGUGGGCUGGAUCACAGUGCUGGACAGUGUACCUGACAUAGACAUGCUUGGCUUCCUGCCAGACUUGCUCGAUGGUCUGUUCAACAUGCUGGGCGACUCGGCGCACGAGAUCCGAGUGCAGGCAGACAGCGCUCUGAGGGAGUUCCUGCAUGAGAUUCGCCACGCGCCUGCGGUGGAGUACGGGCGCAUGAUGGAGAUACUGGUGCAGAGAGCGGGGUCCUCCGAUGAGUUCACUCGCCUCACUGCCGUCACGUGGAUCAACGAGUUUGUGAAGCUGGGUGGCGCUCAGAUGAUGCCAUUCUAUGCCGCUGUGGUGGGCGCCAUUCUGCCCUGCAUCGCCGACAGAGAGGAGAAGAUCGCUGCGAUUGCCCGCGACACAAAUGAAGAGCAGCUGGCGAGGGUGAGGGAGCAGAGUGUGGCGGAUGGCUUUGAUGUGCCAGCAGUGGUGGAGAUAGCACGGAGGGAGCUGAGGAGCAGCUGGGAGGCCACACGGCUAGAAGCUCUUGCGUGGAUCGCCACCCUUCUGCACCGCUUCCCACACCAGCUGCUUGACCUCAUGGACGACCCCUCCACUGCCCUACUGGAGUCUCUGCUAGCGGCGCUGGCAGACGAGUCGGACCAGGUGGUGCUGGAGGCACUCUCAGUGCAGGCAACAGUGGCCAGCCACCCAAACCACUUCCACCGCCUUCUGCUUCUGCUGCUCCUGCGGUUCAACUCCGACCGUGCCCUCCUAGACAGGAGAGGCAGCAUCAUCAUCCGCCACCUGUGCGCCAUGCUAGAUGCGGACAAGGUGCUCAGGGAACUAGCUUUCAUCCUCCAGAACGAGUCGGACUGCGACUUUGCCGCCACCAUGGUGCCCACGCUCAGCCUCAUCCUCCUCACCGCGCCCGAGCUCGCCCCCAUCCGCGCCAAGCUCAAGCGCUCCUUCGCUCCGCCCCCCGCCAUGCUUCACCCAUCUCCUGCUGUGGGUCAGCCGCCCCCUGGCCUUGCUUCUGCUCCUGCUGCAGCUGCUUCUGCUGCUGCAGGGGGUCCUGGCUCCUCUUUCUCCCCCUCCCCCUCCUCCUCGUUCUCCCCUCCUGCGCUCGUAGGUGCUGGUGGUGGGGUUGGUGGGGGUGGUGGUGGAGGUGAGGUGGGCACUACUGCUGCUGGUAAUCCAGCCACAUCAGCAGCAGGAGCACCAUCGGCAGGAGCAGCAGCACCGGGAGGCAGGGGGUUGUUCCUGGCGCUGUACCCAGCGUGGUGCCACUCGCCCAUAGCGGCCGUGAGCCUGUGUCUGGUGGCGCAGGCGUACGAGCAAGCAUGGGGCAUCGUGGACGCCCUGGAUGAAAGCGACCUCUCGCUCAGCCUCAUGGUGCAGGUGGACAAAUUGGUUCUCCUGCUCGAAACGCCGAUCUUUAGCAGGCUGAGAUUGCAGCUUCUGGACCCCUCCCGCUCGCCUGCUCUUCUGCGAGCGCUCUACGGCCUCCUCAUGCUGCUGCCGCAGCAUGGAGUUGCCUUCCGAGUGCUGCACACCCGCCUCUCCACCGUCCCCCUCCCUUCAUGCUCCACCCCACUCCUUCCCCCAUCCCCCCCCUCCCUCUCCACUCCGUCUCCUCCUACUUGCCUUACCUACCCACCCCUCUCCCUGCCCCUAUCGCUGCUGCCACACUCCCCCACAUCUCAACCCAACCGCCACCGCAUUUUCCUCCAAGCCCUCCUCUCGCUCCUCCUCCCCUCCCCCCCACUCCUCCUCCCUCAACGGCCCGCUCCCGCACUCCCAUCUUCUCUUCUCUGCCUCAGCAGCAGCAGCAGCAGCAGCGUUAGGUGCUGCCUCACAGCCUGUCAGCAUUCCCUCACACGGUAACUCUCUUUCUCAGAACAGCAGCAGUACUGCCAGUUUAGCCGCGGACAUGGGGGGAAGCCAAGAGGAGCGAGGUGGGGGACAAGGUACUGCUGCUGUCUCUGCGACUCCUGCUGCUGCUGUUCCUUCCAUGCCCUCUGCUGCCCCAGCCUUCCCCGUCGCUGCUGCUGCCAUGCGCAGUGCUUCUUUCAAUGCCUUCACCCCUCCUGCUGCCACUGCCUCUGCUGCCUCUGCAGCUGCUACUGCUGCUUCAGCUGCUGCUUCAGCCCAAACAGCCUAUGCCAUGCGUUCUAGUGCCACAGAUGGGGCGGCCGUUCCUCCAUCAUUUAUCCCACAGGGUAAUUUACCCUCUGCUGCAGCAGUAAGAGCGGGCAGCUGGUCUGGUGCCCCAGCAGCAGCACUGCCUCCUAUGGCAGUGGCAGGAGGAGCAGGUAUACCAGCAGGAGCAGCAGAAACGCCAAGUUUAGGCGCUGGUUUGGCUCGAGAAACGGCAAUGGUCAAUGGAGCUGGUAUCGCCACUACCAGCACCAACACUGGCGCCAGCCCCGCCAUCAGCAUAGAUGGAAGCGGGUCCUCAUUAGACGGCCCGCCACUCCUCCGGAUGUUCCUAGACGUGCAACGGAGACACAAGGAGCUGAGAGCGCUGCCAGGUGGCAGCACGGGAUUGGGUCCUGCGCAGGGGAUGUUUGGUGGAGCAAUGGGGACUUUUCAGGGAGGAGGGGGGGGAGGAGUGGGUGGAGCACAGUUGUCAUUGGCAGGUGGGGAUGGAUUUGGGAUGGUUGGGGGUGAUGAUGGGCAUUCGGGGAGUGGAUCAGGAAGAGGGGGCGUGUCACACUCACAGCAUGGAGGUGGGGGGUACUUCCAACCACUACAGCAGGAAUAGCAGCAUUUCUUGAAGUUUACAGGCAGGUGCAAUGCAGCACUUAGGAAAUUGUAAAACAUGAUUUGUGGUACGAUUGACAAUCUUGGGCAAUCUUGGAUGCAUGAAAACACAGUCUUGAGAAUUCUUGCAUUGGUAUACUGGUUGUUGGAAAUAAUGAAAUGACUUGAUC